CAUCAAACCGCCACCACAGCUUCGAAACGCCGCUGACCGCCCAGAAUUGCGUCAAGCCCGAGGCUGCCUGGUGGUUCGGAAUCGGUCGGCGCUUGGUCCCUUGACUGAUAAUUCAUUUCCUCGUUUCUCCAUUCCCUUCCCUCACUUUCUCGUUGGUCCUACCAACCUGAGCUAGAGGUACCUGUCUGCUUUCUUACUUCUUCUCUUUCUAUUCCUCCCACAUCCUCCACCAAGCUCGCAUACUUUCCCCUGGUGUUUUGGCACUUGGAUCCGCCUGUUCUCCUACCACCAACACACGAUGUCCGUCAACGUCAUCGUUUCCCACAAGGGCAAAAAGCACGAUGUCGAGGUCGACCCUGAGUCCACGGGCGAGGUGUUCAAGUACCAGCUGUUCAGUCUAACAGGCGUCGAGCCUGAUAGACAAAAGAUCCUGGUCAAGGGCGGACAGCUCAAGGAUGAAACCGUAAUGGGAAAGCUGGGCCUCAAGGCCGGCCAGACCAUCAUGAUGAUGGGCACACCUGGUGGCGGUGGCGACGGCCUGCGCCGCCCGAAAGAGGUGGUCAAGUUUGUCGAAGACAUGACCGAGGCCGAGGCCGCUCGCCAGGAGGGCGCCACACCCGCCGGGCUGGAGAACCUGGGCAACACAUGCUACCUGAACUCCACCUUGCAAGUGAUGCGCUCGAUCCCGGAGCUCCAGGAGGCCCUGAGAACAUACGAGUUCAAGAUCACCGGCCCGCGAGACGUCAGCGCCCAGUUAGACUUGACGAGCCAGCUGAGGAGACUGUACAAGUCCAUGGCCGAGACGCAGUCCGGCUUUGCUCCAUUCACCUUCCUCCAGGCCCUCCGCUCAGCAUUCCCCCAGUUCGCCGAGAAAGCGAAAGACGGUCAUGGAUUUGCCCAGCAGGACGCCGAGGAGGCCUGGUCCCAGAUUGUGGCCCAGCUGCGACUGAAGCUCGAGCUGAAGAAGCGGAGCGAGGACGAGUCCACCACCAACCUCGUCGAUCGGUACAUGGCGGGCGAAUUCACAUCGGUCCUUGAGUGCGACGAGCAGGCGGCGCGCGACGCCGGCGAGGAGGCCGUGACGAGCGUCGAGCCGUUCCUGAAGCUCAACUGCCACAUCCAAAAGGACACCAACCACCUACGGGACGGCAUCAUGAAUGCGCUGACCGAGACAAUCGAGAAGCGGUCGUCGGCACUAGACAGGGAAGCCGUCUACACCAAGAGGUCCAAGAUUUCUAGGCUGCCCAAGUUCCUGACGGUGCACUUUGUCCGUUUCUUCUGGAAGCGAGAGGUGCAGAAGAAGGCCAAGAUCAUGCGCAAGGUCACGUUCCCGCACGAGCUGGAUGUGGUCGAGUUUUGCGUUGACGACUUGAAGAAGCUGCUGAUACCGGUCCGCGACAAGGUUCGCGAGGUCCGUAAGGACGAGGAGGACAUGGAGCGUGCCAGCAAGCGGCGCAAGAAGAACCAUCUCCUAGAUGGCGACGAGGGCUCUUCGGAGCAGUCAUCAUCCAAGGACAGCAAGAAGAAGGACGACAAGAAGGGCAAGGGCGCAUCGACUUCGGCGGACGGCGACAUUGAGAUGGAGGGCGAGACGUUCAAGACGGAUGCCGAGGUGCAGGCUGAGAGGGAGGCGACGUUGCUGGAGGCCAAGCGGGAGCUGUAUGGGCUCAUCAGCCAGAACCAGGGGGCCAAAGAUGGAGACAACCUGUCUGGCCUGUAUGAGCUCCGCGGGGUGGUGACGCACCAGGGAGCCAGCGCCGACAGCGGUCACUACACGGCCUACGUCAAGAAGACAGCUCCCGUGGACCCGACGACAGGCAAGCCCAAGGAGAGCGAGGAUGGCAAUUGGUGGUGGUUCAACGAUGACAAGGUAUCCGAGGUGACUGCCGACAAGAUUGACGGUCUCGCAGGGGGCGGCGAGUCUCACUCGGCCCUCAUACUGCUCUACCGGGCCAUCUCGCUCCCUUCAGCCGAGGAUGUGGGCGAGAAGGCGUAAAGCGCCGAGGUCGAGGCGAAGUGGCGAGUAAAGCGGGAUAGCAUACUGCUUGCGUGACUAGCUUUGCUUGCCGCUUUGCUUGCCGCUUUGCUGCGUUACGGGCCCGCCUUGGACGCGAUAUGGCUCCUUCGUCUUGGAGCUGGGUACAUGGAUCUCAAGGUUUGGGGUUUUCUACGAGCAUGCCCCAUCAAGGGGCGCUGCAUGAUGGCUUCUUUUGUUCAAUACUACGAAACAGCCGAUAAACCAGAGAUUUUGAAAAGUGUGGGCACAAAUGGUCUAGAUAAGGGUGGGAUACCUAGGAACUUAGCUAAAUGACUUAAAGUGCCCUCAGCGCCAACUGGACAGUCUCAUGAA